CUUUUGCUUAAAUAUUAAAAGCAAACUGAGACUUGAUGAAUGCCUUACCUGGCAUCUGCUUUCCUCCCCAGCUCUUCUUCUUCUUCUACGCGCGGUCCUGAUACGGGGCAAAGCACACUCAAGAUGCAACUACCGCUCGAGACGGAAGCUCUCGUGGUGCAUGCACCGGGGGCCGACUUCGCCAUGACACCAAUCGUGAUCCAGGAUCUGCGGCCGGACGAGCUGCUGGUGGAGAUCAAGUACUCGGGCAUCUGCCACACAGACAUCUGGCUCCAGUCGGGCGCCGCCGGGCCGCUCGUCGAGUUCCCCGCGAUUCCCGGGCACGAGGGGGCGGGCAUCAUCCGGGCGAUCGGCUCGGAGGUCAAGGACAAGACGCUGCGCGUCGGGGACCGCGUUCUUCUCUCAUUCACCGCCUGCGGCGAGUGCACGCCUUGCCGGGAGGAGCAGUUCAGCCGGUGCGCCGACUUUGCGCGGCUCAACUUGACGGGGCUCCGGCGGCCCGACGGGACCACGCCGGCGGCGCUGCGGGACGACGGCCGGCCGGUGCGGAGCCAGUUCUUCGGGCAGUCCUCCUUCUCGCGCUUUUCGGCCGUCCACGAGCACUGCGUCGUCCGGUAUCCGUUCCCGAAGGAAGAAGAAGAAGAGGAGGAGGAGGAGGAUACCCUGGCCAUUUAUGCGCCCAUGGGCUGCGGCUACCAGACCGGGGCGGGCACCAUCCUCAACAUUAUGCGGCCGCGGCCGGACCAGACGGUGGCCGUAUUCGGCGCGGGGAGCGUCGGCUUCGCCGCAAUCAUGGCUGCCGCGGCCGUCUCGGUCAAGCAGGUCAUUGCCGUCGACCUUGUGGAGCGGAAACUGGAGCUGGCCAAAGAGAUGGGGGCGACCGACGCCAUCAACACGGCCGCGCUCCAGAAGGGCACAGUCGUGGACGAGAUCCGACGCCUGACUGGCGGGAGGGGGGUGGACUUUGCCAUCGAUACCACGGGUGUGCCGUCGGUUGUCGAGAAGAUGCUGGACUGCCUGGCGUACGGCGGGACCGCGGCAUCGAUCGGCGCUACGCCCAUGGAAGCAAGGAUCAGCGUGGACGUCGGGGCCUUUUUCGCCAACAAGAAGACGUGGAUCGGCGUUGCCGAAGGAGAUUCGCAUCCCCCAAAGGUUUGAUAAUAUAUCCCCGCCACCCAGUCUCCCCUUCUUUCCCACCGCCACCCAAAAACAGCCCUCGUCGGACUAGUCUAACGGCCAACAGUUCAUUCCCGAACUUAUCGACCUCCAUAAGCGAGGGAAGUUUCCGGUGGAGAGGAUCAGUAAGGUAUAUCCUGUGGCUGAUCUCAAAAAGGCCAUCUCGGACAUGAAGGACGGAACGGUAAGAGAGAGAGGCUUGCUAUAGCCCCGUGCCCACUCGA